AUGGGAGAGGCCAACAAUCAAAAAAGGCAUUUUGUUUUGAUCCAUGGUGCAGCUGCAGGAGCUUGGAUAUGGUACAAGGUGAAGCCAGUGCUACAGGCAGCUGGCCACCGUGUCACAGCUCUUGACAUGGCAGCAUCUGGGGCGAACACAAAAACUAUCGAAGAGGUUCGUACUUUUGACAAGUAUAAUGAACCCUUGAUGGAGUUCAUGGCCAAUUUACCUGAAAAUGAAAAGGUUGUAUUAGUGGGGCAUAGUUUAGGCGGCUUGAAUUUGGCUUUUGCUAUGGAGAAGUUCCCGGAGAAGAUUUCUCUUGCUGUUUUUGUUACUGCAAUCUUGCCUGAUACUGUGCACAAGCCAUCGUUUAUGUUGGAGAAGCAUGCUGAAACCGGUCCCAAGGGAGAAGAGUGGAAAGACACUGUGUUUUCAUCUUAUGGAACUCCUGAAGAACCGAAUACAUGUGUUCUCGUAGGACAUGAGUUCAUAAAGUGCACGGCUUUUCAUCUUUCCUCCUCUGAGGAUGUCGCUCUUCAGAUGCUUUUAAAUAGGCCGGGAUCGAUGUUCCUGCAAAGUCUGUCCAAGGCAAAGAAGUUUACUGAUGAGAGAUAUGGAUCAGUUCCGAAAGUUUAUAUUGUUUGUACUGAGGAUUUAAUGAUGUCUGAAUCAUUUCAGCGUUGCAUGAUUGAACACAAUAAUAAGGUUAAGGAAGUGGUGGAGAUUCCAGCAGAUCAUAUGGUAGUUUUUUCCAAGCCUAAAGAACUCAGCCGAAGUAUACUGGAGUUGGCAUGUAAACAUGCUUAG